AUGGACAUCGAGCACAAGCGAGACAAAGUCCUGGACGCACGCCAGAACUGGAUCCUGGCAAGCACGAGUCUCAGGCAGAGAGCUGCUGCAUUCGCAGUCGGUGGUGGACUUGUGACGGCAGCAGUGCUCAUUACUCGGCAGAAUGACUCCCCUACAGAAGAUCAGGACCCGAGAGACUUGGCGAGGGUGUCGAACGUGCCAAUGAGUAAACUCGUCUCUGGCUGGAUUGCGUUCGCCUUCUGUUCCUCACCAACAUGGGUCGACAUUAGCGAGCCAAUGUAUGGAGUUGUCUCAAAAAUCCCGCUGGUCUCGUAUAUCGCUCAUGUCUUCAUUCGAUAUACAUUUGUCAAUCAGUUUCUGGGCGGCGAAGACGUUGACCAAUGCAUUCCCAGAAUGAGAGAUCUGCGAGAGCACGAAGUGGGCACUUUGCUCGGAUACAACAUUGAAGCCAAGCUGGACGGCUCGAGCAAAGAUCCUGAGCUGGUCUUGGAGCAGACACGCUGCGUCUUGGAGUCUAUUGACGCUCAAGGCAAAAUGGCUCGCCAAUGCCAGACUGACAGCACGGGAUCUGUCUCAAGCGAUAUUGGUACGCGUUGUUGGGGAAGAAUCAAGCUUACCGGCCUUCUCACGCAUCCAAUUGCACUUCAACACGCUUCAGAUGCCAUCUUGCAGGGCAGAAGAGAGAAAGGCCUGGACAGAGACGUGCCAUAUCCCGGUCUACCACACGAUGGCGACUGGGACGCCGCUAUCAACGGGCAAGGCGUCACUGAAUCGGAUCGUGAGCAACUCCUAACUCUCCGUGCCACCAUGGAAGCCAUCUCCAGCAAAGCCCGAGACAAUAAAGUGCGAAUCGUCAUUGAUGCAGAGCAAUCUUGGUACCAACCAGCCAUCGACGCACUGACAGACGAGCUGAUGCAGACCUACAACUCGACCACGAAUGGUCCAGCUACGAUCAUCACCUCUUUCCAAGCAUAUCUCCGUCGCCAUCCUCAGCUCAUUGAACAACAGAUCCGGCGAGCAGACGAGAAAGGCUACCGCUUGCUCUUUAAACAGGUCAGAGGCGCAUACAUUGCGACCGAGAGAAGUCGAAGCGAGAAGGUUGGUUUAGAGAACCCGGUUUGGCCCUCGAAAGCCGAGACUGAUGCGAGCUUCAAUGGUGGUAUGGAAACGGCACUCUCAGCUGUGGCGGAGCAGAUUGAGGCAACUGGAUCAUCAAACAUCAGUGCUGUGUUCGCUACACACAAUUCACAAAGCAUUGGCGAGGGUAUCGAUGCACUCAAACAAAAGGGGUUGAUUCAAGGAACAGACCUUGACGGACGAUUGAAACUUUCCAAGGAAGCCGCUGGAAGUGUCGCCUUUGCUCAGCUCUACGGAAUGAAAGACGAUCUGACCAACAAGAUCACUGGAACAAUAACUAGUGACGACGGCAUGCCGCUCGUUGUGAAGGUGAGUCGUUGCAAGAAUCAUUUCACAGCGCACGGCUAG